AUGCCUGAUCAAGACAAAAAGGUGAAGACCACAGAAAAGUCAGCUGAAAAAAACCAGCAAGGAAUCACUACCAGGGAUUAUUCAGAUCUUAAAAGACUUCGGUGCCUUUUGAACGUUCAGUCAAGCAAACAACAGCUCCCAGCAAUUAACUUCAAUAGUGCCCCAAAUAGCAUGACGAAGUCUGAGCUCGCCAUCAAGGUGGGUGGACACACAAGUCGAGGUCAGUGGCAUGAGUCCACAGAAGCUGUUGAACUUGAAAAUUUUAGUAUAAACUACAAGAAUGAAAGAAAUUUCAGCAAGCACCCCCAGCAUAAACUAUUUCAAGAGAUCUUUACAGCUCUGGUGAAAAAUAGACUCAUAUGCAGAGAGUGGGUUAAUCGAGCCCCAUCUAUUCAUUUUCUGAGAGUGUUAAUCUGUCUGAGACUGUUAAUGAGGGAUCCAUGUUAUCAGGAAAUACUCCAUAGCUUGGGUGGGAUUGAAAACCUAGCUCAGUACAUGGAGAUUGUGGCCAACGAAUACCUGGGCUAUGGAGAUGAGCAGCACAGUGUGGACAAGCUGGUCAACAUGACAUAUAUUUUUCAAAAACUGGCUGCUGUCAAAGACCAAAGAGAAUGGGUCACCACAAGUGGAGCCCACAAGACAUUAGUAAACUUACUUGGUGCCCGAGACACUAAUGUUCUGUUGGGUGCUCUUCUGGCUCUGGCUAGUUUAGCUGAAAGCCAACAAUGUUAACUGGUCCUUUGCAGAAAAAUUUUGCUGAUCUGUGACUUAAAAAAUGUGGGUGUCAUAGUUCAUUCAGCGCUAAUAGUUCUAGUCUAGUCUAAAUAUGAAGUCAGUAGUCCAUGGGUGUUGUGGUUCUGAUCUUCACCCUCUCCAUCCUGUUGCAGACUAACUGCUGAGUUAUUGCGCCUGCUUUGUGCCGAACCUCAAGUGAAAGAACAGGUGAAACUCUACGAGGGAAUACCUGUGCUUCUCAGUUUGCUCCAUUCUGACCACCUGAAACUACUCUGGAGUGUUGUCUGGAUUCUGGUUCAGGUGUGUGAGGACCCUGAGACCAGUGUGGAGAUUCGCAUUUGGGGAGGCAUCAAGCAGAUCCUUCAUAUUUUACAAGGAGAUAGAAAUUUUGUUUCUGAUCGCUCUUCCAUUGGGAGCCUGUCUAGUGCAAAUGCAGCAGGCCGCAUCCAACAGCUUCAUUUAUCAGAAGAUUUAAGCCCUCGGGAGAUACAAGAAAAUACCUUUUCUCUUCAAGCAGCCUGCUGUGCUGCCCUCACUGAACUGGUGCUCAACGACACCAAUGCCCACCAGGUGGUUCAGGAAAAUGGUGUGUAUAUAAUAGCAAAAUUAAUUUUACCAAACAAACAGAAGAAUGCAGCAAAAACUAAUCUACUACAGUGUUAUGCUUUCAGAGCCUUGAGGUUUCUCUUCAGUAUGGAAAGAAACAGACCACUCUUUAAAAGACUUUUCCCCACCGACUUGUUUGAGAUCUUCAUUGAUAUAGGACAUUAUGUUCGUGAUAUCAGUGCAUAUGAAGAGUUGGUGUCAAAGCUGAAUUUAUUAGUGGAGGACGAACUAAAGCAAAUUGCUGAAAAUAUUGAAAGCAUUAAUCAGAAUAAAGCUCCCUCAAAAUAUAUAGGCAACUAUGCAAUUUUGGACCAUCUUGGAAGUGGAGCUUUUGGCUGUGUUUACAAGGUUAGAAAGCGUAGUGGUCACAAUCUGUUAGCAAUGAAAGAAGUCAACCUACAUAACCCAGCAUUUGGAAAGGAUAAAAAAGAUCGAGACAGCAGUGUAAAGAAUAUUGUUUCUGAAUUAACAAUAAUUAAAGAGCAGCUUUAUCAUCCGAAUAUUGUACGCUAUUAUAAAACAUUUCUGGAAAAUGACAGAUUAUAUAUAGUCAUGGAGCUUAUAGAAGGGGCCCCUCUUGGAGAGCAUUUCAGUUCUUUGAAGGAAAAGCAACACCAUUUUACUGAAGAAAGACUGUGGAAAAUAUUUAUACAACUGUGCUUAGCUCUUCGGUACCUGCACAAGGAGAAGAGGAUAGUCCAUAGAGAUCUGACACCAAACAACAUUAUGUUGGGGGAUAAGGACAAAGUAACAGUUACUGACUUUGGCCUGGCAAAGCAAAAGCAAGAGAAUAGUAAACUCACGUCUGUUGUUGGAACUAUCCUGUAUUCCUGCCCUGAGGUCCUGAAGAGUGAGCCGUAUGGCGAGAAGGCUGAUGUCUGGGCUGCAGGCUGCAUCCUUUAUCAGAUGGCAACUCUGAGUCCUCCCUUCUACAGCACCAACAUGCUCUCCCUGGCUACUAAAAUAGUGGAGGCAGUAUACGAACCAGUGCCAGAAGGCAUCUACUCUGAAAAAGUGACAGAUACCAUCAGCAGGUGCCUCACUCCGGAUGCAGAAGCCCGCCCAGAUGUUGUUGAAGUCAGUUCAAUGAUAUCAGAUAUCAUGAUGAAAUAUUUAGACAGCUUGUCCACAUCCCAGCUUGCCUUGGAAAAGAAGCUGGAACGGGAACGGAGGCGCACACAGAGGUAUUUUAUGGAAGCCAACCGGAAUGCAGUCACAUGUCACCAUGAGUUGGCUCUGCUAUCUCAAGAAACGUUUGAGAAGGCAAGCUUAAGUAGCAGCAGCAGUGGAGCAGCCAGCCUGAAGAGUGAGCUUUCAGAAAGCAGCACAGACCUGCCACCUGAAGGCUUCCAGGCCCCUUGUGGUAAGGACGAAGACAGGGCCUGUGACGAAAUCCUGUCAGAUGAUAACUUCAACCUGGAAAAUAUCGAGAAAGAUAUAUUUUCCGAGCUAGAUGAUGAGUUGGACAUUUCAGAUAACUGCAGCAGCUCCAGUUCAAGCCCUCUGAAAGAGUCUACAUUCAGAAUUUUAAAGAGAAGUUUUAGUGCUUCAGGAGGAGAAAGGCAAUCUCAAACAAGAGACUUCACUGGUGGAAUAGGAUCAAGACCCAGACCAGCUUUGCUGCCUUUUGAGCUGCUCCUGAAAGUGCCACCCCUCAUGCUCAGGGCCCACAUUAAGGAGCUAGAGGCCGAAUUAGUAACAGGGUGGCAGUCCCAUAGCCUUCCCGCUGUGAUUCUUCGCAGUCUCAAAGAUCAUGGGCCACAGAUGAGCACAUUCUUGUGGCAAGCCUCAGCGGGGAUUGCUGUGUCCCAGAGGAAAGUACGACAAAUCAGCGACCCUAUUCAGCAGAUCUUAAUUCAGCUCCAUAAAAUCAUCUACAUCACACAGCUUCCUCCGGCUUUGCACCACAAUUUGAAAAGAAGGGUUAUAGAGAGAUUCAAGAAAUCCCUCUUCAGCCAGCAGAGUAACCCUUGCAAUUUGAAAUCUGAAAUUAAAAAGUUAUCUCAGGGAUCUCCAGAGCCAAUUGAGCCCAACUUUUUCACAGCAGAUUACCAUUUAUUACGUCAUUCGUCAGGUGGAAAUAGCCUGUCCCCAAAUGACCCAACAGGUCUAUCCAGCAGCUCUGAUUUGGAGGAAGGAAUAACAUAUGAGCAGAUGCAGACUGUGAUUGAAGAAGUCCUAGAGGAAAGUGGCUAUUACAAUUUUACUUCUAACAGGUAUCACUCCUAUCCAUGGGGGACCAAGAACCACCCGGCCAAAAGAUGAAGAUGCUGCAUUUGAACGGACUUGUUUUUUUCCUAGUGAAGUUAAGCUACGGACUUCAGCCACUCCUGCAGGAUGCCCAAAGGUUCAGGUGCUGCUAGAAGAGUGUGGAAGGGGAAAGACCAAGAUGCUGCAGUGCCUGCAGGACCCCGGUCAGGGUUUCUGAUGUGAUAGGCUCUGUGAUGGCUGCAGUGCCCGGAGCCUCCAUUCCCAGGGCACGUUAUAUACCUGAUGACAAGGCUCUCGGUGUGCUCCUGGGAGAAGAUGCUGCAGAAUUCUUCUCUGGGAGG